AUGGAUAGGAAACGACUGUGUGUAGAGGUAGUAGGUGCACGGAAUCUCGAGAGUCCGCAGUCUGUGGAUGCUUACUGUGUCCUAGGGUUUUCUAAUGUCAAGACGAAGAAGCAACGUGGUGAUAAUAUGCCUGUCGCUGCUGCACGUUCCUCGACGGUUACAAAUUCCAGCAGUCCUACGUGGACUCAUGUAUCAGAGUUUAUCAUACCCCCUCGUCCAGCAAGCGUGAGAAUGAUAGUACAGCUCUAUAGCGAAAAGAAUUUCUUCUUUGACAUGUUUCCAUCCAGUAAUAGUAGCGCUAUUUCUGACAAGGAGGAAGAGGUAAAAAAAGUAAGUGACCAAACCACAUUUACAGUGAAAAAGGAGCCGACGAAGCCGCGAAUUUUCGUGAAUGGAUGGAAAGGAGUCCAGGAUAGUGACAGUGAUGAGGUCGUGACGCUUUCGGAAGAAGAAGAUGAUGAGGACGUCCAAGAGAGUGUUGAUAACGAUAAUGGCUGGCCAGUUAUUGAAGAGAACGUUGCCUGUGCAGUGGGAAAUAUCGACGACGAGAUGCUCGGCGUUGUUGAAAUUAAUUUGAGUUUGUUGUGCAAACCGUCAAGGGCUAUUACAGACUCGUGGUACAGCUUAGGUGGUACAAGAACGGGAGAAGUGAGGAUUCGAAGUAUUUGGUAUGAUCAUUCGACAAAGUCCCUUACGUCGCAGGAUCGCGACAUGCUGUUUGAAGAACACUUGACGCAUUCUGUUUUGAAGCCUAUGAAUGAUUUUUAUGGAUUCGCAAUACCGGAAGUAGCCAAGAGAGAUUGGGUACACUUGCGCUCGUACCAGGAAUGCCGAGAAGAAAGACGAAUUGAGGAUUGGACGAGGUUAUAUGGCACCCAACUACCUGAACGUCUUCGGCGCUGCUCGUAUAAGGAAAAAAACACGGAGGAGAAAACUCUUCUUGUGCAGUUGGCUCGGGCUGGAAUUCCUCGGCACCUGCGAGAACAAGCGUACAUGAAUCUAUCGGGAGCGGCUGAAAAGCAAUCGAAUGCAGGUUUGAACUAUUAUGUGAAUCUUGUAAAGCAAGCAGAGGCGAUCGAGACAGAGGCGUCCCGCCAAAUUGAGCUCGAUAUUGAUCGUACAUUUGGACAGUCUGAAACGACGAUAUGUUCCGAGUUGGGACGUGGGCAGCUGCGCCGUAUUCUCAGAGCGUAUUCUCUGCGGAACGCGUCCGUUGGCUAUUGCCAGGGACUAAAUUUUAUUGUGGCAUUUUUGAUGCUGAUGGCAAAUGAAGAAGCUGUUUUUUGGCUUUUGAGUGUAUUUUGUGAGGAUUUGUACCCAGGUUAUUAUUCUCCAGCCAUGGAUGAUAUUCAGAGAGACAUGUUGGUGCUAAAACAGUUGAUUGUUGAAGAGCUUGGGAAGCUCGAUGAGUCUACGUCGGAGGUGGGACUCCCGUUAGAGCUUCUAGGAUCUCAGUGGUUGUUGUGCUUGUUCACCACAACCUUUCCGAGCGAAACAGUGUACCGCAUUUUUGAUUGCCUUUUCACAGAGGGCCCAUCCUUUGUUUUUCCCGUCAUCAUAACGCACUUGCGGCAAAUGGAGCCAACAUUGCUGGGCUUACAUGAAUUCCAUGGUGUGCUGUCCUCGAUUAAGAACGCAGAAAGCGCAUGCAUUGAUGGUGAUAUGUUCAUGGCAGCAGUUUGCAAGGAAGCCGAGAGCAUCACUGCCAUUAGGAUUCAAAAACUUCGCGAGGCGCAAUCUGGAUUCGUGCUUACCGAAAUGGACCGAGCAGAACGUGCUCGUUCAUUUAGCCAGCAGUUGGCUAUCGUUUACCAGAUCCCUGCAUUUUCAAGCUAUGCAGCGGGGCUCCUUCGUUUUUUUCACGAGGAGGCCGAAGGAUCCUCAUGCACAAAUGUGGCCUUUGUAUUGACUAUGCUCUGUCAUGGCCUUGUGUGGCUUGCCGAGCAGUCCAAGCGCUGGAAUCGCUAG